AUGAAGGCUAAGCGCGCAGAUGGGAAUGAGGCAUCAACUGCAGAAAUAGGGAGUGCCGAACCAUCGGCAACACCUCAGUCAAAAUGGAAAGUCUCCCAGUGUGGAGAUGGCAAUACCGCCAUGGCCCUAUUCAUGAAUGCGGAAGAGCUUCACGAAUAUAUUAACCCAAAGGAAGCACGAAAGCUAUUGUGGAAAAUCGACUUGAUGAUUAUUCCUUAUCUUUCCGUAUGCUACGCAUUCUUCUACAUUGACAAGACAACUCUAAGCUAUGCAGCGAUUUUCGGGAUUCGGGAAGAUUUGAAUCUUAAGGGGACCCAGUAUAGCUGGCUCAGCAGUCUGUUUUACUUUGGAUUUUUGAUAUGGGCCCUACCAACCAAUUUUAUGUUACAGAGAUACCCUGUUGGCAAAUACCUGGGGGUGAACAUUUUCAUGUGGGGUUUCUUCUUAAUGCUUCAGGCAGCCUGCAAGAACUUUACCACUCUCGCGAUUCUUCGUACACUUGCGGGUGCAGCCGAAGCUUGUUCUGACCCCGGAUUUCUGCUUGUCACAGGUAUGUGGUACACUCGAAAAGAACAACCCGUACGGCUGGGCUUGUGGUAUACCGCGAAUGGGUUUGGUAUUGCUAUUGGUGGCCUCCUUGGAUAUGGCAUUGGAAGUAUCAAAGGAGCCCUGCCUUCGUGGAAAUAUGAGUUUAUCAUUAUUGGUGCAUUAUGCUGCGCCUGGGGAAUAGUCAUCUUUUUAUUUCUCCCCGAUUCCCCGGUGACAGCACCAUUUCUCAGCCAAAGGGACCGCCGCAGAGCAGUUGAACGAGUCCGAUCUAAUCAAACGGGAAUUGAAAAUAAACAGCUUAAACCGUACCAGAUAAAGGAAGCAUUCUUGGACAACAAGCUUUAUCUAUUUUUCUUGCUUGGUGUAGUAUGCAAUAUCCCAAAUGGGGGUAUAUCAAAUUUUGGAACAAUUAUUAUUCAGGGUUUCGGGUUUUCCACUCUCGUAACUACAUUGAUGCAGAUACCCUACGGAAUUAUCAUUGCCGUGUCUAUCCUGCUUUGUGUAUACCUAAACGACAAGUUUGAGAACCGAAGAUGUCUCUUUAUAAUACUCUUCCUUUUGCCGAAUAUAACGGGCGCAUUUGGACUCCGGUUUCUUGCACACGACCAAAAGGCAGGGCGGCUUAUCUGCUAUUACUUGACUGGACCAUAUAAUGCUGCGUUUGUCUUGGUACUCAGCAUGCAGAUUGCAAACACCGCUGGUGAGGGCUCUCUUUUCAAUAGUCAUACGAAAAAAGUUGUCACAAACGCGGUUCUAUUUUUAGGUUACUGCACUGGGAACAUUGCCGGCCCUUUCUUUUAUAUUUCGGAACAGUCACCAUCGUAUCCCCUUGGUAUCUGGUCAAUGAUAGUAUCACACCUGAUUGAAGUGGUUGUUAUCUCGCUUCUAGGCUUCCUUCUAUGGAGAGAAAAUAAGCGUCGUGAUCACAUCCAAUCUCAGCAGGAGGGUGGCUUGGAAGGGCGGGAUCUUGACUCUACUGCAUUCUCUGAUAUGACAGAUAGGGAAAACCUCAACUUCCGGUAUAUCUAUUAG